GCUGUGAAUCGGUUGUAGAACAAGAGAUGGAGUCAAACCAAAGUCGCACCGAAGCAUUGGUCCGCCUGAACGAGCUGAGAGAGAGGAACCUCUCAUGUGACGCGGUGUUGAGGUUGGAGGACGGUGGCGUCUUUCCAGUCCACAGAGUGAUUCUGUCCAUGUGCAGCGCAUUUUUCGGGACCCUCUACACGGCAGAACUGCACACCGGUGAGGAUACUGAUGUUUUCCUCCACGGAAUUAGCUCGGAGGUGAUGACCCAGAUACUGGAUUAUGUUUAUUUUCGCAAGGUGGACAUCCGCGCCGACAACGCGCGUAAACUGCUCGCGGCGGCUGAAUACUUAUGUAUACCAGACGUUACUGAACUCUGCUGCGACUUCCUCAAGGACACGCUGGACGUCAACAACUGUAUCGGCAUCAUGCAGUUGGCAAGGUUACACUUCUGCGCCAACCUUGACACUCGUGCUCGUCGCUUCGUUCUGCGCUACUUCGUGCAAGUGUCUCAGCAAAGCGAAGAAUUUCUGGAACUGCCUGUAGAGGACCUGAAAGAGAUAAUCGAGUCCGAGGAACUGAACGUGAAGGACGAGAAAGUUGUGUGGGAUUGCAUUCUCCGGUGGAUCAACCACGACCCGGACAACAGGAAAGGUCACAUCGCGGGCCUUUUGAAGUUCGUCAUACUGAGUCUCCUUGACGCAAAGUUUUUCAAGUUGGAGGUUUCAAAACACCCGUACGUGACGGAAUUCAAGGCCUGCAGAUCCUUGAUCUCGGAGACGCUCAAAUUACUGGACGACGCAGAUAAAUUAAUUAGAACAGGUGCAAAAGAAAGCAUGUAAAUUUGCAUAUCAUAGGAGCGACUCGAACUGGGAAACCCUGGCACAGCGCAGAAAGAUAGCACGUAUAUGUGCUCUCUUCAAGGCGUACACGGGAGAACGGGCGUGGAAGGCUAUAGGUGACAGAUUGCAAAGGCCAUACUACCUGAGCAGGGUCGAUCAUAUUCGGAAAAUUAGGAGCAGAAAGGAAAGAACAGAUAUCGGAAAAUAUUCCUUUGUAAAUAGGACCAUCCAACUCUGGAACCAGCUACCCGCUGAGGUUUUAGGGACUCUCUCAUGUAAACAAAUUACUUUUAGAAAGAAGGUUAGGAAAGUGAAAAAUGAGGUGGGUGGUUGCAGUGAAUGGAGGUAAAUUGGGGUGAGGGUGGGAAGGCUUCAGAAGUGUAGUGAAGUGAAGAGAAGCUUCUGAUGAAAUGUGAGUACAUCAUUUCAUGACGUAUGUAAUUCGUUACUGUCUUAUGUCCAUUUGGUAUUAAUUUUUAAGUUAUGUACUAUGUUUUCUGCAGUUCCUUGAUCUUGUGUUUGACCAGAAUGUUGGCCAAAUAUUUUCUAAGUGACUUGGAGACAGUUCCAGUUGACACUAUAAUUACUGGGAUUACUUUUGCUUGAACCUU